CAUGAUUAAAGGCGAUUAGAUCGUCCCUUAUUCAGCCUUAUAUAUUGAUAUGCAAUAUAGACAUUUAUUUAAUACUUUAUGGGCGUACUUAAAGCCUGUGGAUUAAAAUAAAUAUAUUUAGGAAGUAAUUGUUUUUCUAAAAGCUCUUUUUUUUGCAGAUUGAAGAAAUUUGGUUGGGAGGAUUGAAAAAUUAAAAAAUAUUGAUAACUUUGUGUGUUAGGGCUUCUACAGAUUUAGUUUUACAAGUAAACUUAGUAUGAAUAUCAAGGCAUUAAAUUGGCCACCAGGAUCAGAGGUAAUCAUUACUGGAAUUAAUAUACCAGAUAUGAUUUAAGUACUUAGAUUAAAUGGAAUAAUACCAGUACCAGUAGAAGUAAAUGCAGAUACUUUAGGAUGUACAUUAGAUUAAUUUAAACAAUUUUACACACAUAAGGUAAUUAUAUUUUUCUAUAUUAAAAGACAAAAGGAAUAAUGAUUUCAUAUGUUUUUGGUGCAAAAUUUGAUGCUUCAGAAAUUAUAGACUGGGCUAAGUCAAAAGGACUAUUUAUAAUGGAAGAUGAAGCUGAGAGUUUUGUGGCUCCUAAUGCAAAAUGUAUAUGAUUAUUAAGAUGUAUAGUAAAUCCUAACGUUGACUUUUCUACAUUUAGUUUUGGUUCAAUAAAAACAUGUUCAGCUUUCGGUGGGUCCAUAAGUGUGAUCAGAAAUAAUGAAGCUUUGUAUAGAAAAAUGAAGGCAUUGUAAGAAUCAUAUCCAAAAUGGUCUUAAAAAAAGUAAAGAUGAAUUAAUCUUUUAGUUAUUUUAAAAGGACUCUAAAAAAUUUAAUACCUAUGAUAUUAUUAAAUAGCCAAAAAAUAAAUAGAAGUUCAAGAUGGAUAUUUAUAAAUCUUUUUCCAAAUUGGGAUUAUAAAGAAUUUGUAGUGAAUAGUAUAAGAGGAUUUUAAAAGAAUUCAUCAGAUGUUCUUCAAACAUAUAGAUUUAGAGUUCCUGAUCCUAUGUUAGUAAUGUUAGCAUUAAGAAUGAAAACAUUUGAUGUUGAUUAAUUCAAUAUGGCAACAUAAAGAUAAAUAGUUGGUUAAAGCAUACUAAAAAAAGGAGGUCUAAUUGUACCAGGACAUGCUGUUGAAGAAAGAAAGUUUUGGUAAUUGAUUUGAAUUAAUUAAUAUAUUUAGGUUAUAUCCAGUUGUAGUACCAAAUCCUGAGACUACAUAUAAAAUUUUAAAUGCAAGAGGGAUUGAUGCUUAUAUGGGAGUAACAUAAUUAGAUAUUGUUGAAAGUCCUAUUGGAAGUUCUUAUCAAUAUCCUAAUAAGACUUUAUCUUAUUUCAAGAAUGUAAAUAUAUAUAAAAAUUAUUAGAUAUUAUAUUUACCUAUUCAUUAAAAUGCUGAUUUGAAAUCAAUUUAGACAAUUUGCAAGGAAGUUUUAGAAGUAGUUGAUAUGUUAAAAAAUAGAAACCCAAAAUUGUGA